UGAGUGACGUUGCGGGAGCAUGCUGGACGGACGAGGUAUUCCACGAACACUUCUGGAUCCACAUCCGAGUACUGCACACCCCAACCCGCCCCACAUUGCCCGGGCAAACCUAUUUUUGGCAUGAUCCUUACUCUGCUCCGGUCGAAAGAAUUACGGAGAUAUAUACAAUCUUAUUCCGGCUGCCUUUCAACCCUAUGUCGUAUUUCAGCCUCGCGGCACACUUUCGCAACGGCCCCGAAUACGAGGAGAGACUCAAACGGCCAUUCCUGCCUCCUGGACCAGACCUGACCCUAAAGGACAUCCAUUCAGCCGUGCCAAAGCACCUCCUGAAGAGGCACGAUGCCGACCACGGCUCUCUCUUCGAGGACAGUAGGAUCAACAACGCAGUAGGAUUUGUGUUACAUUCCGAUCUCCUUAUACCCUAUUUCUCCUGGCGCUCUACUCAUCAUGCGCAUCAUGAAGCAACAGGCUCAAUGGAGCGCGAUGAAAACUAUGUUCCGUAUACGCGUUCCAAAUACAGGCUUCCCGACGAGAAGACAGCCACGAAGGCCGACUAUGAUGAACUUUUUGAAGAGACUCCGAUCUAUACCCUCUAUAGACUUUUUAUCAUGCAGGCAUUGGGGUGGUGGGUCUAUUUGGCGCAAAACACGAUGGGGUCACCGAUGUACCCACCCGGCACGAACCACUUCAACCCUUAUUCGCCUUUAUUCAAGAAGGAACAGCGUUUUUCUAUCUUACUGUCGAACAUCGGCAUCGCCUCCAUGGCACUCAUCCUCUAUGCGCUUGAACGAGAUUUUUUCUUCUGGUACUACCUGAUCCCAUAUAUUGUAGUUAAUCACUGGAUUGUGAUGUUCACUUUCCUCCACCACUCUGACCCGACAAUUCCGCAUUAUCGGAAGGCAGAAUGGACCUUCCUGCGGGGUGCAGCGGGGACGGUGGAUCGCCCUCUUCUUGGAUGGAUGGGGCGAUUCUUCUUCCAUAAUAUCAGCCAUGACCAUGUGGCCCAUCGCUUCUUCCUUAGAGCGCCAUUUUGUAAUGGCCCGGCUAUCACCAAAGCAAUCAAGCCAGUCCUGAAAGAGCACUACAACUACGAUUCGACGGCUACGUUCUACGCGCUUUACCGCUCCUUCACUCAAUGCCUCUUCAUUGAAGACGAAGGCGACAUUAUAUUCUACAAGAACAGGGAAGGAAUCGCUGUGAGAGAGCUCGAUAAAUCGGCACUUGGGCGGAAGUUAGAAGGUGUCUCUGAGAGUAUCGAGGCAGAGGCGGAGGAAGCGCUUCAGUGAA